AUGCAUACUUCUGAAGGAAAGGAUACAUGCCAGUUGUUGGGGCCCGUGUCUCUCUUUGUUCAAACAUUGAUGGGUAUGACAGCAGUAGCUGUACUAUUGAUCAAAAGAAAUUAUGAGCAUCCAAGGAGAAAGAUGAUAGUGUGGAGUUAUGACAUCGGAAAACAGAUAAUCGGUUCCCUGGGAAUCCAUUUCUUGAAUUUAGGUAUUAGCAUACUAAAAAGAAGACAUAAGUUACUUUUUCCGUCUGCCGCCAAUGGGCAUGAUGAUGAAGAUCAAUGCGAUUGGUAUUUCCUUAAUUUACUACUAGAUACCACUGUUGGGAUUCCCAUUCUUUGGUUUUGUUUAUACGUAAUUGAGAAUGUGUUAAAGUCUUUACAUUUCCAAAAUAUUGAAAGCGGUAAUUAUUUUCCAUCGAAGGCCGUUAGGAAUAAUUCUAGAAAACCCUUGUUCUCUGCCUUCGUGAAACAACUACUUAUAUUCAUUGUCGGAUUAGGGGUGAUGAAGUUCUGCGUGUUUUUAAUACUAAAUUACCUAGAGGACUGGGCCUAUUGGUUUGCGGAUCUUAUUCUUGGCUGGUCAGACUCCUGGCCGAACCUGCAAGUUUUUCUGGUGAUGUUUAUCUUCCCGAUAUUAUUGAAUUGCUUCCAGUACUUUUGUGUCGACAACGUCAUAAAGUUGCACUCAGAAAGUCUAACGCUAACCAAUGCAGAGAAUUUUGAAACAAACACAUUCCUUAAUGACGGAAUUCCUGAUUUAUCGGAAGACUCGACAUACGCAAAUACUGAAGUGCCUAAUAAGGACAACAACAUUUCUAGCUAUGGCAGCAUAAUAUAG